AUGUGUCCCUCCGCAGAGCACGGAGCGCUACUUUCCUCGCAGCGGGGCCGGCUGUAUCCCUCCGCAGCGGCAGUGGAGCCCGGCGAGGCGGCGGCGGAGAUCGGCGGCGGUUCCAGCCCAGCCGAGGGAGCGGCUGCCCGCGCUCUCCUCCUUGCCCGGACGGCCGGCAUGGAGCCGGUGCCGCGGCAGCGAUGGCUCAUCCCGGCUGCUCUCGCUAGGACGGAGGCGGCUGCUCCGGGCCCGGGACCCUUCCCGGCCGUGCGGCACCGGGCUGGGGGCCGCUGCUCGGGCGGGAGGUGUCCGUGCCUGAGCCUCGGUGUCCCGCAGGACCGGCACCAGCAGCGACCUCUCAUCGUGUCCCUUUCAGGGUGCCAUCAGCGCGGCUGCAAAGCUGUUCCCGAGGCCGAGCUCCCAAAGGAUCUGCCAGCACUCCUGAUGUCUCGAGAGCAAGGUGCUGUUUGUUCUGGGCAGAGAGAUGCCGGCUGUGAGCAGGAGGAGAGUGAAUUCUGCUCCAUUCCUGGAGCGGCAAAUGAGCCCCAACAUCCCCAGGAGGGACCAGCAGCCGCGGUUCCACACUCGCCUGGGGCCCAAGAAGCCUCUUGGCAUAAGCAGGGGGAUGUCAAUUGUGAGCGUGCAGUGAGUGCAGAUGUGGAGAAUGGAUUCUGCACCAGGGAUGGGAGUGUGAGGGAGCCCCUGGCUCCCCAGGGCACAGCAGCAGCAACGGGCAAUGAACUCAAAAGGAACCUCAGAAGAUUCCUGGGUGAACGGUUCAGGUGCCAUCCCGUGGGCACGGCGGUGCUGAUUCUGCUGCUCCUGGUGCUGGUGCUGGCUUUGGGGGCGGCCUUGGCUGUGCUGGCAGCACCACAGGUUCCAGUCACACCUGCGACUCCGCUGUUGGUUCUGGGCUGUCCCUUUGACUGGAUUGGCUACAAUGGGGUCUGCUACUACUUCUCACUGGAUAACAGCACGUGGGAGCAGGGUCAGGAACGGUGCUCCGAGCUCAAUGCCUCCCUGGCCAUUGCCAAGGAUGAGGAGGCCAUGGAUUUGCUCUUCCGCCUCGGCGGGAACGGCGAUUUCUGGCUCGGGCUGCGCAGACGGGGCGAGCGCCUGCACUGGGGGGACGGCAGCAGCUACAGCUCCCGGGUUCCUGUCCUCGGCAAUUCCGAGUGUGUGUACCUGGCUGACGAGAGAUUGAAGAGUGGGAACUGCUCCAAUGAGCGGCCGUAUGUCUGCAGCAAGGCCCAAGCUCCCCUGUGACAGGGGCUGCACAAAGAACCUUCUCCACGCUGGGCAGUGCCAGCUUCACCUCUGAGCCCAGCACAGCGCUGUCCUUCCUCAGCUGCGCCCUGUGCCUUCCACUUCCUCUCAGGGUCACCUCAGUGCCUCUGCAUCCCCAGUGCCAGCGCUGGGCUGGGGCUGCAAAGGAAAAGUCUCUGCAAUCCAUCCUGGCACCGAUGCUGCCUGCAGUUAGUGCAUUGCCCUCAUUAUGUGUGGGAAAUAUGGCUCACUGUUUUUACUUUUUAUAAAAGUUUAUUAUGGGUUUAAGUCCUGCCCUGGGGUGCUUGUCUGCUUGCACAGGGUUAAGUCAACCUACGCUGUCUAUAUGCUGUUACAUAUUACAGCUACAUGUACAUUUAUAAGAGUGCAUGUAGCUCUUAUAUUUAAUGUUUAUAGUAUAAAAUAUAUUAUUAAAUUAUGUAUAUGUAAUAUAUGUAAAAUUUUUAACAGCUUUUAAGAAUUGCACUAUAACUUUGAAUUUUCCUGCUGGUUUAGGUUUUUUUAACUUUUUCAGGCCAUCUUGUACUUUAAGCUGUUAAAUUGCACGGUUUCUUGUGAUUCUCUUUUUGUAUUUUCACUCCUUGAUAAUGAGGGUCAAUAAAGUCUUUUUUUUUCCAUGCUCUUGUUUCUGUUAUCUUGUCUUUCUGAUAAGGAAGUCCUUGAAUGUGGAAAAUCACUUAAGUAUUUGACACCAUUUUCUGAGUUAGUUACAUGAAACAAUCAUUUCAAGAUAUCCCAGUCUCUAUUGUGCUAUGGCCUAAGAUAGUAUCUGUGACACUUCUAUUUAUUAAAGCUACAGGGUGCAUACAUAAACUGACAGAUUAUACUAUAUCAAAUGCAGUAAUUACAAAUUGUACUGUAUCAGGGUUUUUGUGAUCAGUAAUAGCUUGCAAAACAAAAGGUAGGACAUAAAUGAGAAAGCCAAUACCUAUAUUUAUAAUCUAUAACAUUAUACAACAAGCUUAGUUGGGAAAUCCAAAUCACCCUGGGCUCUUGGAAAUCAUCACAAACUGGCCUGAAAGUGAUGCUUCUGGACUGUCCUUGGAAGAUGCGAGGAAGGACCCUCACUUUUAAAAUUUUAGAGGUUCAUUAAACCUUAACAAAAAAAUACAACAACAGACUGAAUAAGGAAAAAUCACAG